CUGGAUUUCUUGGCCCCAGGGCGCCACCUCAGAAGACGGCGACGCUGGCUCGGCCGGCCUGUCACUUGUCGGCCUGCCGUCGCUGCCUGCGCUGCUGCUGUUGUCGCUGUCUUCACAACACGGUGGAGCCAUGGCCGGGACUAGCAGUCCUGAGGCCGUGAAGAAACUGCUGGAAAAUAUGCAAGGCGACCUGCGGGCCCUGAGCCUGGAGUGCCGCAAAAAAUUCCCUCCCGUCAAAGAGGCUGCUGAGUCAGGAAUAAUAAAAGUAAAAACGAUAGCUGCACGAAACACUGAUGUCUUGGCAGCCUUGAAAGAGAACAGCUCAGAGGUGGUUCAGCCUUUUCUAAUGGGCUGUGGAACAAAGGAACCAAAGAUCACUCAGCUAUGUCUGGCAGCUAUUCAGAGACUCAUGUCUCACGAAGUUGUUUCAGAGGUUGCAGCUGGAAAUGUUAUUAAUAUGCUUUGGCAACUGAUGGAAAAUAGCCUUGAAGAACUCAAGCUUCUUCAGACAGUUCUUGUAUUGUUAACCACCAAUACAGUUGUCCAUGAUGAAGCACUUUCUAAGGCAAUUGUCCUUUGUUUUCGGCUGCACUUCACAAAAGAUAAUAUCACAAAUAAUACUGCAGCAGCCACAGUACGGCAAGUAGUUACUGUUGUUUUCGAAAGAGUGGUUGCUGAGGAUGAACGCCAUAAAGAUAUUAUUGAACAACCAAUAGGAAUUCAAGGAAACAGUAACAGAAGAUCUGUCAGCACCUUGAAACCAUGUGCUAAAGAUGCUUACAUGCUUUUUCAGGAUCUUUGUCAGCUGGUUAAUGCUGAUGCUCCUUACUGGCUUGUAGGUAUGACAGAAAUGACUCGGACAUUUGGUCUGGAACUGCUUGAGUCAGUCCUCAAUGAUUUCCCACAAGUAUUUUUACAACAUCAAGAAUUCAGUUUCCUCCUUAAAGAAAGGGUUUGUCCACUUGUGAUAAAACUCUUCUCGCCAAAUAUCAAAUUCAGACAAGGUUCCAGUACUUCAUCUUCACCAGCACCAGUGGAAAAACCUUAUUUUCCUAUCUGCAUGCGCCUUUUGAGAGUCGUUUCCGUUUUGAUCAAACAGUUCUAUAGUUUGUUGGUAACUGAAUGUGAGAUCUUCCUAUCCUUGCUGGUGAAAUUUUUGGAUGCAGACAAACCUCAGUGGCUAAGAGCUGUUGCAGUAGAAUCUAUACACAGACUUUGUGUGCAACCUCAGCUAUUAAGGUCUUUCUGUCAGUCGUAUGACAUGAAGCAGCAUUCUACCAAGGUAUUUCGUGACAUUGUGAAUGCUCUGGGGUCAUUUAUUCAAUCACUAUUUCUUGUACCAAACACAGGGAAUGCAUCAACAACAACAAAUCAGACAGGAGGCAGUGUGCCUGGUGGUACAGCUUCAACACAGUCCAAUCCAGGAAUGCUAGGAAUGGGUGGAGGUGUGAGUGUUUUACCUGCAUUUGAAUAUAGAGGUACCUGGAUACCUAUCCUCAGUGUAUCAACACAGGGCAGUGCUAAAGCUACCUAUCUGGAAAUGUUGGACAAAGUCGAACCACCUACAAUUCCUGAAGGCUAUGCCAUGUCAGUAGCAUUCCAUUGUUUACUGGAUCUUGUCCGUGGCAUCACUAAUAUGAUUGAAGAAGAAUUUGGUCAGGUUGAAACUGAGGGUCAAGUAGCAACAGCUGAUGCACAGUCUUCACCGACACAGUCUUCGGACCUGCAAGAUUUUCAUUCAGCAUCUGAUCAAACUGACAAAGAGACAGUUAGCAGAGCUGUUUGGGAAGAAAUGGUGAACGCCUGCUGGUGUGGUCUUCUUGCUGCAUUGUCUUUACUGCUAGAUGCAAGCACUGAUGAAGCUGCCACAGAAAACAUUUUAAAAGCAGAGCUGACCAUGGCUGCACUAUGUGGAAAAUUAGGACUCGUAACGUCAAGAGAUGCCUUUAUUACUGCCAUUUGCAAAGGCUCCUUGCCUCCUCAUUAUGCCCUGACUGUGCUGAAUGCUACUACUGCUGCCCUUUCCAGUAAAUCAUAUUCCAUCCAGGGGCAGAAUGUUCAGAUGAUCAGUCCAUCAAGUGAGUCUCAUCAGCAAGUUGUAGCAGUAGGACAACCACUAGCUCUCCAACCACAGGGAACAGUAAUGCUUACUUCUAAGAACAUACAGUGCAUGAGGACACUACUUAGCUUGGCUCAUUGUCAUGGAGCUGUUCUUGGUACAUCAUGGCAACUUGUCUUGGCUACUCUCCAGCAUCUUGUAUGGAUUCUUGGCUUAAAACCAGGUGUUGGAGGUGCUUUAAAGCCUGGAAGAGCUGUAGAAGGACCAAGCACAGUUCUUACUACAGCUGUUAUGACUGACUUACCAGUUAUUUCUAACAUACUUUCCAGGCUGUUCGAAAGCUCGCAGUACCUAGAUGAUGUUUCAUUACAUCAUUUAAUAAAUGCACUUUGUUCCUUGUCUUUGGAAGCCAUGGAUAUGGCCUAUGGAAAUAAUAAGGAGCCAUCACUGUUUGCUGUUGCUAAAUUGCUGGAAACAGGACUAGUUAACAUGCAUAGGAUUGAAAUUUUGUGGAGACCACUGACUGGUCAUCUCUUAGAGGUUUGCCAACAUCCAAACUCACGGAUGAGGGAAUGGGGAGCAGAGGCCUUAACUUCUCUUAUUAAAGCUGGGCUGACAUUUAACCAUGACCCUUCACUAGCUCAAAACCAGAGGCUUCAGUUACUUCUGCUAAACCCAUUGAAAGAACUGUCAAACAUCAAUCACCCUGAUAUUAGGCUCAAGCAGCUGGAAUGUGUGUUGCAGAUUUUACAGAGCCAGGGUGACAGUCUAGGGCCUGGUUGGCCCUUGGUACUUGGAGUCAUGGGAGCAAUCAGAAGUGACCAAGGAGAGUCUCUAAUACGGACAGCAUUCCAGUGCCUACAAUUGGUUGUGACUGACUUUUUGCCAACGAUGCCAUGUACUUGCCUACAGAUUGUUGUAGAUGUUGCUGGAAGUUUUGGGCUUCACAAUCAGGAACUAAACAUUAGCUUAACAUCAAUUGGUCUCUUGUGGAACAUUUCAGACUAUUUCUUCCAAAGAGGUGAAAUGAUUGAAAAGGAGUUGAACAAAGAGGAAGCGAUGUUACAGAAGCAAGCAGAAGAAAAGGGAGUGACACUGAACCGUCCUUUCCAUCCAGCACCACCAUUUGAUUGCCUUUGGCUAUGUUUAUAUGCCAAGCUGGGAGAACUCUGUGUAGAUCCACGGCCUGCAGUUCGAAAGAGUGCUGGGCAGACCUUAUUCUCAACAAUUGGUGCACAUGGAACUUUACUUCAGCACUCAACAUGGCAUACAGUUAUAUGGAAGGUUCUCUUUCAUUUGUUGGAUCGAGUUCGGGAGUCUUCUACAACUGCUGAUAAAGAGAAGAUUGAGUCUGGUGGUGGCAAUAUCCUCAUUCACCAUUCAAGAGAUACAGCAGAGAAACAGUGGGCUGAGACAUGGGUAUUAACAUUGGCUGGAGUAGCUAGAAUAUUCAACACAAGGAGAUAUCUGUUGCAAUCCUUAGGAGAUUUUUCUCAAGCUUGGGAUGUUCUUCUUGAUCACAUCCAGUCAGCUGCACUUAGCAAAAACAAUGAAGUUUCUCUGGCUGCUUUGAAAAGCUUUCAAGAAAUCUUACAAAUUGUGUCUCCUGUUAGAGAAACUGAAAAACCUGAUACACCACCUGCUAUUAAUGUACCUGUGCCUGUCCUCAUAGGAACAGUGACUGCCACUAGCCUUGGAAGAUCUUUUAUGAGGACUGAUUCUAUAGGAGAAAGGAUUGGAAGGUAUAAUGCAACUGAACCUCCUGUAAUAACAGAUGAAAUAGAAGACUUGAAUCUUUGGUGGGCUGCCUGGAACAGCUGGUUUAGGAUUGGUUCAGAAAGUACAAAGCCUCCAAUUUCCUGUGAUAAAAUGACUUUUAUUCCCAGCCAGCCUUUUCUUACAGCUUUAAUACAGAUAUUUCCAGCCCUUUAUCAGCACAUCAAAACAGGUUUCAGUAUGGAUGAUCUCCAAAAACUGGGUGUCAUUCUACAUGGUGCAGUCUCUGUUCCAAUCAGUUCGGAUGCAUCCCCUUUCAUCUUACCAUCAUACACAGAGGCAGUUCUUACAAGUCUGCAAGAAGCAGUUCUUACAGCUUUAGAUGUCUUACAAAAGGCCAUAUGUGUAGGUUCAGAAAGCAUGCAAAUAAUGUAUCCUGCUAUCUUUGAUCAGUUGCUAGCAUUUGUUGAAUUUUCAUGUAAACCACCACAAUAUGGACAGCUAGAAACAAAGCACAUUGCAAAUGCAAAAUAUAAUCAGAUACAACUGUUUGCACCGGCAGAAUGGGUGGCACUGAAUUAUGUACCAUUUGCUGAGAGAUCUUUAGAAGUUGUGGUAGACCUGUACCAAAAAACAGCUUGCCACAAAGCUGUUGUAAAUGAGAGAGUCCUUCAGAAUAUUAUCAAGACCUUGAGGAUGCCACUUAGUCUGAAGUAUGCUUGUCCUUCAGAAAGCACGUGGAAACUGGCAGUUUCUUCUCUCCUUAAAGUACUUUCUAUUGGGCUACCGGUUGCAAGGCAGCAUGCUUCUUCUGGAAAAUUUGACAGCAUGUGGCCAGAGUUAGCCAACACAUUUGAAAACUUUUUAUUUACUAAAAGUUCACCUCCAGAUAAUCUUUCUAUUCAAGAAUUUCAGAGAAAUGAAAGCAUUGAUGUUGAAGUGGUGCAGCUCAUCAGCACAGAGAUACUACCAUAUGCUAAUUUUAUUCCUAAGGAAUUUGUUGGUCGGAUUAUGACUAUGCUCAAUAAGGGCUCAAUACAUUCUCAAUCUUCUUCAUUUACAGAAGCAGAAAUAGAUAUUCGUAUGAGAGAGGAAUUUUCCAAGAUGUGUUUUGAAACAUUGCUUCAGUUUUCAUUCAGUAAUAAAGUAACUACGCCUCAAGAAGGAUACAUUUCACGAAUGGCACUUUCUGUUCUCUUAAAACGAUCACAAGAUGUUUUGUAUCGCUACAUAGAAGAUGAAAGACUAAGUGGCAAGUGUCCCCUUCCACGGCAACAAGUCACAGAAAUAAUAUUUGUUUUAAAAGCUGUUAGUACCCUCAUAGAUUCUCUUAAAAAAACACAGCCAGAAAAUGUUGAUGCAAACACAUGGGCACAAGUUAUUGCUUUGUACCCAACCUUAGUAGAAUGUAUCACCUGCUCUUCUUCAGAAGUUUGCUCUGCUCUCAAAGAGGCUUUAGUUCCUUUUAAGGACUUCAUGCACCCACCAGCAUCCAAGGUACAGAAUGGAGAGUCCUGACCAAAUUAGUGGGGUCUUUUUUUCUACUUUUCAAGAAAAAUGCAUCCAUUAAAAGAAUGUUUAUUCUGAUGUGAGACACCUCUGAGGAAAUCUCAUGUGACUUCUACUUGGCAAGCAGUGUUGACCGCCUUUAAACUCUACUAACCAGAACUCUGUGAUUCAUAUCACUUCAAGCUUGCCUCUGAAAUGUUUCUGGGUGAGUAGCAGUGCAAGCCUUUGACUGACUUGAGUGGAAUCCAUUUUAAAGUACGGUAUUUGCUACAGUAACUUGAAAUGGUGAUUGAAAAGUGGGCUUAUGUACAGCUUGUUGUGUACGUGUUAAUGAUGUAAUUAAGAAAAAUACUUCAAUUAAUUUGGAUUUAUUAGACAGGUGUUUUGCACCAGUUUUUUCAAGUACAAAAUUGUACUAAAAUUUUAUGCAAGAUGGUACUGUAACAUUCCACAUUAUCUGUAACCAGCCUUUGUAAACAAAGGGAACAUGUACUUGUGUGUAUAAUAAAUCAUACAGUUCUGUAAAAACAAAAACAAAAACUUGCAUUUAUUAUUUAAAUUCUUUUUAAACAUUGAUAAUGUUAAACGCUUGAAAAUGUAUUUAUUAUGAAUACUAAGUUGUAUGCUUGCAUUUUUACUUAAUAUUUGCCUUCUUUGUUGGCAGAUGUGUUCAUUCAUAUCUGAUCAUGCCACUAAUUUUUCCCUCCUUUUUUUCUUUUGGCAUAUUUGAAUGUAUCUUAUCUGUGGCCAAUGAAUAAUAAUUCUACUAACAGGAAAUAAGAAUAAAGAUAGUGGCAAACAAUCUGUGAGCUACCAUGCUGAAAUAAAUGGAUCUGCAUAGGCAGAAAAUUGCUCUGUAGCACUCAAACACUACCAUACCUCAUUUCACUAAAUAACUUUUAUUGUCAGCUUUCUUUCUUUUUGGGGGGAAGUUCUGCUUUUUUUUAGCCUUCUAUUUGAAAUGUGUAUGUAUAUGGGGGUGGGGGUGGGGCUCAAAUGGCAUUGGCCACCAUUGUUGAAUUAUGACUAAAGCAAGACCUUGAAUAUCAGCAAUAUUUUACUUGUAUUUCUUGUCAUUGUUUCAAUAAUCUUAAGUGCUUUGUUUUGUAAUGUCUUUUCAACCUGAAGAAUAACUGUUCUACUCCUUGAGUAUAAUGUGUGUGAUACAAACUAAGAAGUGUAUUUUUGAACAUAGUUUAGAGAUACAGUAAACAGUCAUGAAAUACAAA